AUGACCGUCUCUGCUGAGCUUCGCAAUGAUCUCGAGGAUGCUGCUAACCGUAUGCGUAUCUCAGCCAUCGAGAUGACAUGUGCUUCAAAGAGUGGACAUCCGACGUCUUCUACCUCUGCAGCUGAGGUAAUGUCGACGCUCUUUUUCCAUGAAAUGAAGUACGAUGUCGCCAACCCCAAAUCAGCAAGCGCCGAUCGUUUCGUCCUGUCGAAGGGUCAUGCCUGUCCAAUCCUCUAUGCAGCUUGGGAAGAAGCUGGCCUUCUCUCCAAGGAGCAGGUCAUGUCUCUACGUAAAGUCAACUCUGACGUUGAAGGGCAUCCGACACCUCGCCUUAACUUUAUCGAUGUAGCUACGGGCUCACUUGGACAAGGCCUGUCCUGCGCCGCUGGAAUGGCUUACGUUGGAAAGUACAUCGAUAAGGCCAGCUAUCGUGUGUUCUGUUUGCUGGGAGAUGGAGAAACAGCAGAAGGUUCGGUGUGGGAAGCGGCAGCGUUCUCCUCACAUUACAAGCUCGACAAUUUGGUCGCUAUAGUAGAUGUCAAUCGUUUGGGUCAGUCUCAAGAAACUUCACUGGGACAUAAAGUUGAGGUGUAUCAGGCUCGAUUUGCUGCUUUUGGCUUCAAUGCGAUCGUUGUGAAUGGCCAUGACGUAGGUGAGCUGAUCAGUGCUUACGAGACGGCCAGGAACACUAAAGACAAACCGACAGCAAUCAUCGCCAAAACAUUCAAAGGUCAGGGUAUUGAAGGGAUUGCUGAUCAAGACAACUGGCAUGGAAAGCCUGUUCCAGCUGACAAAGUUGCUGCCAUCAAAGCACGUCUUCACGGUAGCCAGAAAGGUAAAUUGGUCCCAAAGAAACCCGUUGAUGAUGCACCGAAGGUUGAUCUCCACGUGGGUUCGAUAAAGAUGCCCGCUCCCGCUUACAAGUUGGGCGAAAAGGUUGCCACACGAGCCGCCUACGGUACCGCACUGGCCAAGCUUGGUGAUGUGAAUUCUCGCGUCAUUGGGCUCGAUGGUGACACGAAGAACUCGACUUUCUCGGAGAAACUUCUCCAAAAGCAUCCGCAGCAAUUCAUAGAAUGCUUCAUUGCUGAGCAGAAUCUUGUUGGUGUUGCAGUUGGAGCACAAUGUCGUGAUAGAACAAUCCCAUUCACCAGCACUUUCGCUGCUUUCUUCACUCGUGCAACUGAUCAAAUCCGAAUGGCUGCCGUUUCAUUUGCUAACCUGAAAUGUGUUGGAUCUCAUGUUGGUGUUUCAAUUGGUGAGGAUGGUCCGAGUCAGAUGGCCCUCGAAGAUCUGGCCAUAUUCCGUGCAAUUCCUGGGUCAACGGUCUUUUAUCCAAGUGAUGGUGUGGCGGCUGAGAGAGCAACUGAGCUGGCAGCCAAUACCAAGGGCGUUGUUUUCAUUCGUACUGGUCGUCCAGCGCUCCCUGUGCUCUAUCAGAAUGAGGAACCUUUUGCUAUUGGAAAGGCUAAGGUCUUGAAACAGUCUGCUAAUGACAAGAUCGUCUUGAUCGGAGCUGGAGUGACUCUUUACGAGUGUCUGAAAGCUGCGGAGCAAUUGGAGAAGUCUGGGGUACAUGCUUGCGUAAUUGAUCCGUUCACCAUCAAGCCACUGGAUCAGGAGACAAUCCUUCAGCAUGCUAAACGUGUUGGUGGUAAAAUAUUGACGGUCGAAGACCACUAUCCUGCUGGUGGAAUUGGAGAGGCUGUGUCGGCCGCUGUAGCUGAUCAUGCCGACGUUCGUGUUCGCUCGAUUUGCGUACAAAGCGUGCCUCGUUCAGGAACUCCAGAUGAAUUGCUUGAUUUGUUCGGAAUUUCUGCCCGUCAUAUCGUAGAGGCUGUGAACAAAUACUAG